AUGUCUGGGGAAAGAAGACACCACUCCUCUCGUAGGCGUAAGAAGCGCGUCCUCUCCCGUUCCACAAGAGCCGAACUGCAGUUCCCUGUUAGCCGCGUGGAUCGCCUCCUGCGAGAAGGUUCCAAUGCCCAUCGCAUGAGCUGGUGCACACCUGUUUUCUUCACUGGCAUUCUGGAGUACCUGACGGCCAACAUCCUGGACCUGGCGGGCAAGGAGGCCCACGACCACCACCAGGUGCUCAUCACCCCAGAACACGUGGAAAGGGCAGUGGACAACAGCCACCUCAGCUACAUCUUUGAUGAUGACUUCCACCCUCAGGUUGAUGAGAUGCCCUCACCGGGGAAGUAG